AUGGGUCAUUCUGAAGGCCCAUCAUCAGCGGAACUCCAUGGAGAGGCUCUGGAAUCCCUCCCUCAUAUAAAGGAUCUAUUUCUAGAAGCGGUUCAACAAAACCCCGACAUUGAAGCAGUCGUUUCUCUACAUCAGAGCCCGCUAAAUCUCGCUGGAAUUGAUGAAGGGCACGAAGGCGCGCUACGGUGGACCUAUUCUCAUCUCUACCGAGGAGCAAAGCACCUAGCCUCCCGAUUUGAGGCAUCUGGAGUACUCAGAGGAAGCUCGAUAGCAUUCUUCUGCGAGAAUCGUGCCGAAUGGGUUCUUUUAUGCUGGACUUCGGUUCUCCUAGGAUGUCCAUUUGCCCCUCUAGAUCCUCGUCUUGCUAACAACGAGGAGGAGGUUAGUUACGUUCUCGGACAGAUAUCGCCUAGUGUUAUUGUGACAGUAGGCGAAAAGAUCCAGUCAUUGCUUCAGACCAAUGCGCAUCUCGCCCUCAAAAAAGCAUGCUUGCUAUUGUCGCUGGAAAGGCAGGAGGUCCCAGCAGAGCAUAAUUUUCUCCCCUGGGUUUCUUUACAAGAUCUCUGGGCAAAUGCACGGCAGCCUAAUCAUCAUUGGACCGGAAGUGUAUUUGAGGACACCACGGUAAUCGGGUUCACAAGUGGAACAACGUCGCAUCCAAAGGCCUGCCCACAGUCCAGCGUUAACCUCAUGACUUCCGCCGUCGCAGUUCGUCAUCUGCGCAAAAUUGUAAUCAAGGACCGUCUUCUACAGCAUCUUCCUGGUUUCGCUGCUAUGGCUGUCCUCAUCUCCUUAACAUUUGGUAUAUCGGGCGCCACCAUAGUUUACCCCUCUCCAUCAUUCAGCGCUUCGGCUUCACUAGACGCCAUUGAGACUGAAAAAUGCACCUACACUUUCGCGGCUCCAGCAAUCGUCAAAGCUUUAGCCAUGCAUCCCAGUAUAUCCAAAAGGUCCCUUGGUUCGCUUCAUAUCGUCGAACUGGGGGGAGCCCCAAUCUAUCCAGAGAUUUUAGAGCUAGCCACGUCGAGGCAGGGCUUGAAUUGCGAGAGAGUGGGUUGUGGGUGGGGAAUGACAGAGAGCCCCGCUCCACUUCUUGCUCAGCCUUGGGAAAGGCACAUCCCAUUGCCUACGGACUCUAUCCCAGUGGGCAAACCCAUUCCGGGUACUCGAGCAAAGAUUUGUGCCCUAGACUCAAAGAUACCAUUGGAAAGAGGAUGUGAAGGCGAACUGCAUGUUGGCGGACCUCAGGUUGUGAGAGGGUAUUUGAACACUAGUAAUGAAUCGAUUUACGUAGAAAAUGGGGUACGGUGGAUCAAGACUGGAGAUAUGGCUCGCAUUGACGACAAUGGCAAUAUUCAUAUUAUUGGCCGAUAUAAAGACAUCAUCAUCCGAGGUGGGCAAAACAUAUCGCCGGCUAAAAUUGAGAGAUGUCUCGACAAAAUUCAUGGAGUCGAAGCGCAAGUGGUAGGCCUCUCCGACGAUCUCGCUGGAGAAGUACCCAUCGCAGUACUGAAAUUUUCGGACGAAGAAGACCCAGAUCCCAAUAUUACUCUACAGCAGCUUCGAAACAUCGCUCUCAAGGAACUCGGGCCUUCAGAGACACCGCACGCUUACGUCACGUUGAAUGAGCUUGGGCUGGAGUCCUUUCCUUCUACUCUUUCUGGGAAGAUACGGAAAAGCAGUCUGGCUAAAGCUGUGGCUGAUCAUUUCAGCGAGAUGGAUAAUCGUACUAAUAUAGCUUACAACAGAGUAACGACAAGUGAUAUUCUACUAGAAUUGUGGUCCAAGGUUUCGGGAGUGGCAGCCAAAACAAUCGAUGUGAAGAUAUCGGUGUUCACAUUCGUAGAUAGCAUCACCGUCAUGCGUUUCUCCACCUUGGUAAAGAAGCAGCUUCAGAAGGAAUUGUCUGUCGACGACGUCAUUUCUCACCCUAGCAUUCAGGGGCAAGCAAUUCUUCUCGACACUCGCCCAAUUCAACACACAACCGGAUCACUCAAUGGUCGUCAAGGACCCCCGGAAGCAAAUGAUAUGGCACACUGCCAAGAUGAUCCAGAGAAGGCCUCCCUCACUAAGAACCUUGCCAGCCCUUUCCUGAAAAAACUCGGGCUAUCUUGGACCGAUGUUGAAGAUGUUUUCCCCGCUCCGGAUACAAGUUUCAUAUACUUGAACCGGCAGCGACCACAGACGUGGAAUCAGCGAGUUAUCUACCUUGCUCCUAUUACCGCUGUACAAACUCUCACCAAAGCCUGGCAAGAUAUUUUAAUCCACCACCCCAUGUUCCGAACUCUAGCGAUACCCACGAACCCAGAGCCAAGCCUCUGUGGCUUGAAACAUCUCUUCAUCGUCCUCCGUCCAAGCAGUGCAUUCUGGAGCUGCUCAACCACCACAGGACUAGAAGUUAACAGUCCAGAGGACCUCCGUACCGCGUAUCUCAACGAAUGGUCUGACACUCUCAAUGGCCCCCUCAUCCGGAUAGCCUUCGUCAAAAUCAAAAGCACAACUUCCUCAGCCUUCAUUCUAGUUGGUAACCACGCAGCCUACGACAACCUUUCCAUGGACAUGCUUCUUGAAGAUCUAAAGACAGCAUUAGCCCACAAUCUAACCCUCGAUAACAUCCUCCAGGCUCCAGGCCACAUCCCCUUCAAGCAAUUCGCGGACACGUAUUUCUACUACCGCUCUGCUCGCCCGGCAAUCGAAGCAGCAACAUGGCACGCGACUAGGCUCUGCGGUCUCGCCUCGCAGACAGCAAGUCUAUGGCCCACGUCCCGUGCUCCGGGAUUCUUCAAAGGCAGUGAUACCGGCUGGACAUAUGGAGAUGGAAAACCAGGCGACCCAGCUCUCCGCACGCCCUUGGAUCGGCCUGGAGACCAGCACGGCCUCGAUGGCUUGACUCGUACAGCCCGCGUUAAGACUCUGCGGGAUAUGCAGACAGAGUACGGUAUCCAGCCGCAUAUCAUUCUUAAAGUUGCUGUGGCGUUGUUCAACAUGUCACAAACGUGUACUUCCACCGCGGUGUUUGCGAACGUUGAAGCAGGACGGAAGUGGCCGGCUAGCUCUCCCCCUCCCACUCCCGGAAAAGAACUCGCAAAUCCGUUGGAUAUCGCGGGCCCGAUGUUCCAAGUCGUUCUUAAUAGAAUCACUUUGAACGGCAAGGAAAGCGUUAUAGGCCUGCUGAAUCGCGUGCAAUCAGAACAACGCCUUCUAACGCAACAUUCUCAAGCCCCGUUAUUCCUCAUACAUGAACUCCUCGGUGAAAGGGAUGCAGAGACCAUGAAUGACGCUCUCUCGAGACAAGGCUACAAUUGGGCCCCCGGGAUCCAAUCUUCCUCGCACAACCGCAGAAGCUUUUUAGAGGGAAAAGCUAACGGAGAUAGUGACUACGAAAUCUUAGUCAAAUUCAAUAGACGCGCCUACGACGACAUCGGGCUAGCCUGGACAUGUGGGUUGCUAGGCCCAGAGACAUUGUAUGUCAAUGGGAGCUAUGAUGACUGCCAGUUAAGCAAGAAAGAGGUGUUUGAUGCGGUGGGCAAAGUGUUGAGUGCGGGUGUGUGGUUGGCGGAUCCGAGAAACGCGGAGAAGGGUGUGGGUGAGUGCUGCUUUGAGGGAAACGGUAUGGAGAUCAGUGGAUUAGUUAAGAGUCUUGAGUAG